AAUGUAUCAUCAAUUCAUCUAAACCAAAAAUCAGCCCAAAAGUUUGAGACUUUCAUAUUCAUCCAUAUUUUAUAUAGAUAAAGCCAAUAUAAACUAAUUAUCACCAAUUCCCAAAAGAUUUUUUCCCUAGAUUUUUAAAUUAUAGUAACAAAAUAUAUCCAGAAAUAGAAAUGGAAAGUCCUUCACUUUUAAGCAAUCUAAUUUUAAAAGUCUUAUCCUCUUCCAUUCUUAAACUCCUCGAAUAUUUCACUCAACAAAAUUCCCUCAUUUUCUCUCUCCUAAAUCACCCCUAAAAAAAGGUGUUAAAUUUCACCAUGGGAGGCGGAGGAGCCAUGAGAGCGGCGGCAAAAGUCGCCGGAAUCGGAGUUUUAUCAACCGGAAUUCGCGCCGGCGGUUCGACUGAAAUUCCGGCGAAUUUGGCGGCAAGAAAUGCGGUCCGACCGGUUACUUCCGGAUUAUCUUCGACCGGAAAUUUGAGCGUUGAUCAGACGGUUCAGAGACCGGCUUGGGAGAUUGAUGAUUGGGAGUUUGCUGGAGGCGAGGAUGAUUUCGUUGUGGACCGGAUUAAUUCCGUUAAACCGAGAUUAGUUUUUGGACCGGUGCCGACUUUCGAGGAAACUAAGGAAGCUACUUCUGAACUCAAAGAUGCUCUUGAUAAGGUGUAUCUCUCUUCACCAAAAUCUUCUGGAAGUGUGGAGUCAUUCUCAGCUCUUCACGAGACCAAAGCUUGCAUCACUCAUGAGUCACCUGUGCCGAAAAGUGCAAUGCAGGCAUUUAAGCUGCUCAAAGAAAAUCCUGCUGCCCAGACUGUAGUUGCUUCAAUUGCCUGUGAUCCUAAUGUGUGGAACGCCGUGAUGCAAAACCCUACUCUGAUGGAGUUUCUCGAUUCAGAGAAAAAAUCUACUGCUUUCAAGAGCCCUGAGUUUGAGAGUCAAGAGUCUCCAAAGAGUGAAGUAGAUUCUACUGAUUCCAAUGAUCCUGAAGGUCUUCAUGGUUUGAUGGCUAUGCUGGAAAAUGUUAAACUUACUGUGGUGGACAUGGUUCAAAACUUGACGAAUUUGGUCCAGAGCUGGUUUGCCUCCCCGGAGCUAGACAAAAGAUCCGAAGCUACUGAUGGUAGCUCCAGAAGUAUCUUUGCUGGUGGAUCAUUUAUGGCACUAGCCAUGAUGGUGGUCAUAGUGGUGGUGAUGAAGCGAGCCUAAACCUCAAGUCCCUUGGUUGUCUAAUUUGUCGAUGCUCCAAUGUUUCAUCAUGUUGAUGAAUUAUAUUAGGCUCUGUUUUAUCAGUUUGUGGUAUAUGUAAGUACAUUUCUCUUCUUGGUAUGGCUUUUGAUAAUGUACAGUGAAGUUUAUCCAAAAUAAAUGGAUAACUGAAAGUUGAGACUUGGUGGUAAUACUUUCGUUGCUCAGCCAUACUCAAGGACUCAAGGUAUAUAUUUGUGUUUUCAUUA